UUGGGCACUGUCUCACGUUGAUGACGUCAGGAAAUGGCCGCUCUCACUGUGUAGUGCGGGUUUAAUGUUCUCUCCGGUAAAAUACAAUAACAAUAAUCUAAUAUUUAUUAUAGUUUUUCAGACACGGACAGGAGAGCCUGAGUAGUUCUAAGAUCGUGGCUCUGUCUUCAAAGACGCUCAGGUUGGAAAGAAUAACCUCUGAUGGAUACUCCUGAAAGUCCCACACAGUCCCCACAAUCCCUUGCGGAGGAAGAGAAGGAGAUCUCCGAUAGCGAUAUUUUGAAUGACUCCGAUCAAGAUGGUGAUGAGGACGAGGGAGGGAGGGACUCCGAUUUGGGUGACCUGGAGGAGGAUCUGGAGGAAGGAGCCCAGGAACAAGUGUCUGAGCAGGAGGAGGAGUACGAGGAGCAUGGUGGAGAAGAUGGGGAGGAGAACAUUUUAGAACAGGAAGAACAGAGAGGAGCUGAUGAGGAAGACGAUGAAGAGGAGGACAUGAUUGGCCAGCGUCCCGGUUAUCUAGAUUCUGAGGCAGAUUAUGAGAAGCCACUGACUGCAGCUGAAGAGGACGAGGAUGAGGAGGAGACAGCAGUCACUCACCAGGAGGAAGAUGAUGAGGACGAGGAUGGAAUGAAGGUGAUGGGUACGACCUCGGCGAGGGUGCUGGGAGACAGGCGGGAGGAGGAGGUAAGGCGCAUGGUGAGUGACAUGAAGGACGAGUCAUCGUCUGUGUCGAGAGAGCUGGACGAGCACGAGUUGGACUAUGACGAGGAGGUUCCCGAGGAGCAGAGCGCACCCCCGCCCGAGGAUGAGGAGGCAGAGAAAGGGGCAGGGGAGGAGGGAGAGGAGGAAGAGGAUGAUGAAGAGGAUGACAGGAGGAAGAAGAAGAAGGAGAAGAUCGCUAUCAUGGCUCCCCAGAAGGACUCGCAGCCGAGGAAUCCCGAGGAGCCCAAGGCACCAGAGAGAAGCCGACGUGAGCUCCUCCGCGAGAAGAAGAAGGAUGAAGACGACGGCGAGAUCGACGAGGGAGAGAUCGAUGAUGACGAUCUGGAAGAGGGGGAGGUGAAGGACCCUAUGGAUAGGAAGAUCCGGCCCCGUCCGAUCUGCAGGUUCUUCAUGAAAGGUAACUGCACCUGGGGCAUGAACUGCAGAUUUAUCCACCCGGGAGUGAAUGACAAGGGCAACUACUCUCUCAUCGCCAAGCCGGACCCCUUCUCACCCAACGGGGGGCCCCCAGGAGGCCCCCACCCCCUCAUGCCCGCCAACCCCUGGGGGGGUCCCGCUCUUGAAGAAUUGCCGCCACCACCAUUGCCAGCCGAGCCUCCGGUAGAGAGUGCCUGGGAGAGGGGGCUCCGACACGCCAAGGAGGUGCUGAAAAAGGCCACAAUACGCAAAGAGCAGGAGCCUGAUUUCGAGGAGAAGCGCUUCAACGUGACCAUCGGCGAGGAUGAGCGGGAGUUUGACAAAGAGAAUGAGUUCUUCAGGGAGCGCAGCUACCACAUCACCAGAGAGAUCAGGGAGCCGGGAGACGUGGAGUUCAGGGAGCCAGGCUAUGGCAGUGACCCUUACACGGACUCCUAUUACGACUAUGAGAUGGAGACAUUCUGGAGAGGAGGGCAGUACGAGAACUUCAGGGUCCACUAUACGGAGACGCCGCUGCCCUACCACUACAACGAGCGCGAGUGGGAGCGCGACCCGCGGGAGCGACAGCGGGAGCGGGACAGGGAGCGGGAGCGGGACCACCGGGAGCGUGAGCGCCGGCAGCGGGAGAGGGAGCGCGAGAGGGAGCGCGAGCGUGAGAAGGAGCGCCAGCGGAGGAAGGAGGAGUGGGAGAGGGACCGCAUGAAGCGCGAUGAGAAGGAGCGGCCACCGGCGCGGGAGCGCCCCCCUCGGGAGCCGCGCGACAAGAAGGAGGACAAGGAGAAGCCUAAGGCCCGCUCGCCCGUCGCCCCACCACCCAGCAGGCCGAUGGAGCCCCCACCCAAAAAGGAGCUGGGCCCCCUGCUGAAGAGGCCCGAUGAAUGGAAGGAUCCCUGGCGGCGGUCCAAGUCGCCUCGGAGACGCGUGGGCAUGACCAUGUCCCCCCUGCACCGGCGGCACCGGCCCUCUGGCUCCUCGGUCUCCCUCUCCAACUCCUCCAGGUCCUCGUCGCGCUCUUCGUCCUACACUGGAUCUGGCUCCUCCCGGUCACGCUCCCGCUCCUCCUCAUUCACCUCCUACUCCAGCCACUCCUCCCAGCACAGCUCUUUGUCUCGGAGUCGGUCCAGAUCGAGGUCCUUCUCGUCCUCCCAGUCUCCAUCUCCCAGCCGCGCUGCCCAGAGGAAUGCCGCCAAGGCUAAAGUGGAGCCAGUUCCUGCGCCCGUCAAAGGGGAGAAGGCCCCCGCCAAGAAACCACCCACCCCCCCGCCACCCCAACCGGGCCUUCUGGGAAAACCCCUCAGGCCUGCCAUAGAGGGGGCCAAGCCCCCAAAUCCCCGGGUGAAUCCCCGGGAGGGGGCCAAGCCCAUCAACCCACGGGAAACUGGCAAGCUGGCCGUGCCGCGGGAGGGACGCAGGAAGGAGAGGCAGCAGCACAACCCCCCUCGGAGGCGGACGAUGAGCGGCAGUGCCAGUGGCAGCGCAUCCAGCUACUCGGCCUCCAGCUCUCGGUCCCGCUCCCCAUCGGGCUCGCACACGCACUCCUCCUCCCCCUCUCUGUCUCACUCCCGGUCCGGAUCCCGUAAGUCCAGAAAGUCCAGGUCCCUGACUGUCAGCAGCGUCUCCUCCGUCUCCUCGGCCUCAUCCAGCAGCAGCUCGGUCCGCAGCGCCGACUCUGAUGACAUGUACGCUGACCUGGCCAGCCCGGUUUCAUCGGCCAGCUCUCGCUCGCCCACGCCCGCCAAGGCGCGCAAGGAGAAGGGCCCCCCGCGGGACAAGGGCCCCAACAGAGAUCGAGGAAAGCCGAUGAAAAAGGAAGACCCCUUCAAAGAAGAUCGAAGGAAGCCGGACCCCCUGGUUCCCGGACCCAGGCUGCCCCCCUUAUCCUCCUCGCAGAAGUCCGGCCCUGGUGGGAAGGCCCACCAGCCGCACGCGCCCCCCAUGGCCCCCCCCGGAGCAUACGGCUCCCAUAAGGACAUCAAGCUGACUCUACUCAACAAGCAGCAGACUGACAGGGGUAACAGGAAGCGAUACCUGCCUUCGGACAAGGACCGGCCGACGUCGCCGUUCUCCAAGAGGAUAGCUCUGUCACCAGAGAGGGGUCGUGACAGGAGAAUGCUGGGAAGGCCUCCUCUGUCUCCAAGACUGGACCGGUCCCGUGGCCAGGGCCCCCGACCCAUGCCCCCCCAGGCAGAGAGGAAGCGCCCUUUGACCCCACCGCCCAAAUCCUCCGGUAAAGGCCUAGGGGUGUCCUCGGGAAAGCCCCCCGCUGCCGGCUCUGGCGGGCCGCCCCCGCCCAAGUCGGGCAAACCCAGCAGCACACUGUCCCGUCGAGAGGAGCUGCUGAAGCAGUUGAAGGCGGUUGAGGAUGCCAUCGCCCGCAAGAGAGCCAAGAUCCCCGGGAAGUAGGGGUGCUGUGGGCAUUCCCUACCCGCCUAGGGAUUAUACCACCCUGUCCCAACACUGGCCUUGGCCCUGGGACCUGUGACUGUUGUCCCAGGAAUCUGAAGGCCUUUGUCCCAGGAUAUUACGGCCUCCCAAACAUUUUUUUUGUAGUUUGCCCUCAGAGAGAGGCCUUGAAGAUUUUAUAAACAGCAAAUAGAAGAGGCAGGACAAGGCUGCUCCUUGCCUCUUGUCGGGUUCCAAGCAAACAAAAGAUGGCCCCUUUAAUAAGAUUCCGCUCUUGUUUGUUAUUUUUCUAUUUUGUCUAUUGGACUGUGAACGUGGCGUUCCGUACGUACGUUGAGUCGGCGGUUCCGGAAACUUCAGCCCAAACUAGUUUUCUGCAAGAUGAUCCCGUGUCAGCAGCAGGUUCUGGAGAAACGGCAAACGAUCCCCUUUUCUGGACCCUUUUGUUGGCGAAGGUCCCUUUUUAAACCAAUAAAUUGUUCUCUCCUAGUUCCGUGCAUUUAGUGUUUUUCUGCGAUGUUCAUUUUCUUACCGUAUAAGAUUAUAGCAAAUGUGAUAAGCAUCGCUUUCUUAAAGUGUACAAUUAUAGAGGAGAUAAUGACUGUGAUGUGAAGUAUCACCCCCCCCACCCCGCCCCCACACCCUUUUUUUUUAAAAAGGAAAAAAAAAAAAAACUUUAUUUGCCAUAACUCUUCCUGAGUAACGAUGAAUCUCGAUUGUGUCUGUCCCACAUUUUUAGUUGAGUGUGAGAGGUUGUCAUUGGGAUAUGAAGAGGAGAUAGGGCUUGUCUUGCUUUUGUGACAUGAAAAGCAACUAAAUAAACUAUUUUGAUAAAGAGA